AAGCAGGUUCACAUGUCAAGCUUUAAAGCCAGUGGCAGACAGAGAGGAUCCAAGGUAAAGACCCGAAUGAGUUCAAGCAUCAGGAUAUUUAGUGAGAAGCACAACCACACUGAGACGAGACAGUGUGGGAAAAAUCCCAGUGGUUUAUUCUUUUAGCCCGUAGCCACGUCUUCAUUCAUCAUGUUGGCUACAUUGAAGACCUCAGGCAAACAUGUUAUGGCACUUCUGUUGUUCUUUUCUUUGUAUCUUUGAGCUUACAUGUGUUUUCAUUUUGCUCACAUUUAAAGCUUACGUGAUCUGAUAUCUGAUACACACACACACACACACACACACAGGGUUAGGGCUUCAUUCAGUCAUUAUUUAUCGUUCACGCUUGUGGAGUCCACCCACCUCCUCCUCCUCCUCCUCUUUCUCUCCAUCUCUCCCCAGUCUCCCAGUCCCAGCAGCAGUGCAGAGCCGCUUCCACGCUGCACUGAUGCAAAAUAGUGAAACAUACGGUGUGGACCGCAAAAUGUGGAGGGCGACGACAGAGAAAAGAGGGACGGGGUGUCUGCGCGAAGGGACUGCGCUCUGACUUUAUUGGAAGCUGGCCUUAAGUGAACUGAAUGAAAACACAGAAGUCCCAUCUACACAGAAGCCAUCGGCAGACUAAGUAGAUUGAAGAAGACAGAGAGCAAGUGUGGGAGUCAGGGAGGGAGGGAUGACAGAAGGGAUUAACAGCUAAUCCAGUGCGUGGACAAUCCUGGAGGAGCCUUAUUUUUCUUCCAGGAUCAUGUAGAGAAAAAAACAUUUGCUGGAUUACCUUACUUUAUUGGCCUUUUCAAAAGAGCAUCACCCUCCUUCUUCCUUCUUCUUCUCUAAGGUCUGACGUCUUGCUUACAGAGGGACCAGGGACCAGAACAAGGAGCAAAGUGACAAGCUUGGUCUCAGGAUGCCUCAUGGACAGUUGGGUGCCACACAUGGAUAAACCUCUUUAUUGAGAGAUGGUACACGGCAGUGGACCCCCUCUCUCUCUGCUUGGAGUUUGAUGAAGUCCAUUGCAGAAGAACUCAUUGGACGAGAUAGACAAGAUCCUCUCAGAAGUUGGGAUCUGUAGGACACAGGGACUCACUGCCAGCAAGCUACAGAGUGGAGACACUACUGUUUUCUUUCAGCUGUGUUUUGGGAAUUGUUUGUUUGAAGGAGCAGGAUUACAGAAAUUAUCGAAUGUUUCUGAAGCAAAGAGAAGCCAUGAAUGUAACUGCUUGAGGACAGAGCAUGCAGUGUGGAUGAGAUGCUAAAGUAAGGUUAAAAACCACAGACAAGUGAGUAACACUUCAGACAUAAACUCAGGCACUAAUCCUUGUAGACUAACUUGAAACCCAAGAAAUAGUAAGAAGGAGUGGCUCAGUCUGGUGGAAACAGGAAUAUAGAGUGACUCAAAUCAGCAAGUGUGCUGGUGCCACAUACUAUCCAGUGUCACUUUGUCUUUAAAAUUCUACACACUGAAAAACUUCUUUUGCUAAGUUUGGACAAAAGGCAAAUUAAAAUACUUGGUUAAAUACCGAUUUUACAAGGCUUCCUGGUGAUGUGAUCUUCUGAGUGUAUGCAAGACAGUUCUCAAGACAGUCCUCAAGACAGUUCUCCAAGUCUAAAAAUGUAGAAAAUUAAGUGAACAUUGUCAACAUGAGGAUGUUUCUUUCCUUUUUGUGAUACAAACCAGACGAGUUGUUUGGCUGAAUUGUUUCUCAAUGUAUUUUCAGUUGUGGUUAGACUUUAUUUUUCUAAACUCAUCAUUCAUUGAACCAGAUCUUAACCAAAUAAGCCCAACCAGCACCAGACUCUCCAACCACACCAAGUGUGGUAACCAGAAGAAACAAAUUAUGUCGCUGUAAUUUAUGACCAAAAGCUGUUCUUAUGCGGGACAAGUGAGCUGAGCGUUUGGUCAUAUUGGGCAGACGUACAGUACUGGCUGACAGGGAGGCCAAAAACAGAACAGGAUGGAGAUGGGGACUUGACUCUGCAUCCAUAUUGGCAUGUUUCAGUGUAGAUUCAAAAGCAAACCGUGGGCAGACAGUGGAUGAAUAGCUGGCUCUGGUCGUGUGGCGAAUGGAUUAUACACACAUUCUCUGCACGAUGAACAACCACAUGUUUGUGUUUUCUCUUCUCACUGUCUGCUCAUUUUAAUUUUUUUUCCUCUGCUUUUACAGUGGAUCCUAAACUGGAAUUUAAACUCAACUGACGCAUAGCCAGAGCUCAGACAUUUUCAUUCAAAUUAAAGGGAAAUUACAAAGGUUUUCUGCCACCAUGAGUCUGGGAAAACUGCCAGGGAUCAAAGGCCUUGUGUCUGGCUCUCAGGGGAAACGUCGCUUCAAGAGCGAGCUCUCUGUGGACAUGAUCAGCCCGCCGCUGGGUGACUUCCGACAUACCAUGCAUGUUGGCCGUGGUGGGGAUGUGUUCGGUGACACUUCCUUCCUGAGCAACUAUGGGGGCAUCAGGGAGCCAGGAAGUCCAGAUUCUGCAAACAGCUCCAAGACUGGGUUCUUCACACGUACUUUUCGGCACGUGCGGAAGAACUCUGUGCCGCGGCCACGAGGUGGCUCCCGUGACUUGACAUCCCCUCCACCAGACAUCUCACCCAUCAUCAAGAAUGCCAUCUCCCUGCCCCAGCUGAACAUGGACUCGCCCAAUGGGUGCCUACAGAGGGUGCUGUUCCCCAGCUCCAUCAGCUCAACAGAUGGUUCCUUCUGCACAUAUGGUCUGCAGUCUGGAUUUGUCACUCUCCCUCGUCUCUCUCGUCUUGACAGACAAUUUCAAAAUGAAGACAUCCAGAAAGGGUCUCCAUCAGACAGUGGCGGCAUCACACUGACACGCUCAGACUCCCUCACUUCGUUCACUGUAGACCUUGGCCCUUCCCUUAUGACUGAGGUACUGAGCUUGAUUGACAACCCCAGCGGCCUUCAGAUGUCAGAUCACAGUCAGGCUCCAGGCGAGGAAGAGAAAGGAGAGGGCGAGAAAGAGGAAGAAGAGGAUGACAGCUCUCUGACACAGACGCCUGUGCAGAGCCCCGGCUUGACGUCACCCAACUUUUCCAUGGGUAGUGGGUCAUUCAGCAGGAACAUGAACAACAGGGGGCACUCCUGUAGCUCUACCUGGACAGAGCAAGAGGAGGAGAGGAGGUCUCUGAGGACACCAGACGUGUGCGCUGGGUCUCCUCAGAGAGCCGAGCCUGCAAUGGAGGCAGAGAGGUUCCAGAGGGCAGCUGACGUGCUGUCUCGUCAUUAUGGCGGAGAAUCACUCACAAAGGGAACGAGGAUGAGCAACUGCACCACCUCCCCUGCCCGUUCACACAGCCGUAAAACACCGUAUGCCUUCUCUGAGGAGGAAGAAGAGAUUAAAGUCUAGAUGUUGAAACUCUAUGAAAGAGAACAGAAACUGCACUUGUCUAAUAAAAUCAUAAAAACUGUCCAGCAAACUGAGUUCUUGGUUCAGUUCAAGUCAGAGAGGCUGAACAUUGACAUAUUCUGUUGUUCCUCCAUAAAACAUUCUUCCAUUUAUCACAUGUAUGGACAUGUGGGCAACCAUCAGAUCCUGGUCUUUGUUCGGUUUCUGCAGUUUGGAUGUUUGAUGCCGAUCUUGACCCUGGACCUGAUCCCCUCUGCAGUACAUUGCUGCCGUGACGUGGAGAGAAAUGCAGUGCAUCCGGAAAAUAUUGACACCACUUCGCUUUUUGCAUAUUUUGUUAUGUUACAGUUUCUAAAAUGGAUUAAAUUCAUUUUUUUCCCUUAAAGUUCUGCAUAAAA